AUGAACAUCGCUGCCAUCAGCGAUACCAGAUUCUGUGAACAGGGGCAGCUGGAAGAGGUGAGUGUCAGCUACACGUUCUUCUGGGACGAACGCCCAAAGGUAGAACAACAUGAUGCUGGCGUCAUUUUCCUCACUCGAAAUAAUAUCGUGAGGUGACUGCCCUGUCUUCAGCUGGACAUCAGAAACCCAAGCCCGCCCCUUCGGGGAAACCAAAUUCGCUAACAUCGUUAGCAUUUACGCUCCCUCAAUGACUAAAUCCGACGAGGUGGUGAACAAGUUCUACGAAGAAAUUCACGUCCUCCUGGCGACUGUUCCGAAGGGGGGUAAGCUGAUUGUCUUUGUCGACUUCAGUGUCCGCGUCGGAACAGACCAUGCUUCCUGAGACCGAGAGCUGGCCCUCCACAGAAUCGGCGGCAACAAUGAUAACGGCAUCCCGUUAUACGAACCCGUGCGGAACGUCACCUCCUUCCAACCAGCACCUUUUUCCGCCUUCCGGCCCUGAGAGCUGAUGGACUAAGUUCUCAUCCGUACUCGCGACCACCACGACGUCCAGGUGGCAUAGACGAUCUGUAAUUUAAAUGACUGUGAGAAGGACUGCCUUGUCCUCUUCACGAUGUUGCUACCUGGGUGGCUCGCGAGGCUGAAAUCCGUGCCCAUGCGGGCCCCAACCAUACGAAGAAUGUUUUCGACUUUUUCAUGCGGUCUACGGCCCCCGUACCGCAAGAACUGCGCCAAUGUCGUCUCUGAAAAAACAACGCUCUUCAGGGAGAACUCGCAGAUUCUGACGCGCUCGGCCAGGCACUCCGUAAGCGUACUCAACUGCCUAUCCACAAGCACCGAUGACGCAAUUAUCAUACGCCCCAGGUGGAACUGAACAAUGACCUGGACCUUCCCUUUUCACUCACAGAAAUUAUGAAGUUAAUACACUAACUUCGCAACGGAAAGUACCUGGGACUGGUUUAAUUCCGGCCGAAAUCUAGAACCAUGGUGGGCCUCGGCUUACGGAAAAACUCACGUCGCUUCUCCAGGAGAUUAACAGGAAUGGCAAAUCCGCCAGGACCUCAAGAGCGCCACCUUUAUGCACACCUUCAAGCGCAAACGCAACCGAUAGAUCUGUGACAGCCAUUGAGGAAUCUCGCCGCUCAACAUCCUCGGGAAGAUCUGCGUCCGCGUUCUCUCGGUCAUCCGAAACAGGUUAAUUUUGACCCAACCGCCGCACAGUCAAAAUGAGCUUCACAGCCCGACAACUGCAGGAAACGUGCCGAGAACUACAUAUCAGUUUCUGAACCACCUUCGUGGAUAUAAUAAGCAAUUUGGAUACCGUGAACCGUGACAGACUCUGGAGGAUCAUGCCGAGAUUCGGAUGGCCGGAGCGACAGUUCCACGGCAGGACAAUGGGACAAACACAGAUGCAUUCGCGACGACCGAUGGAGUGAAGCAGGACUACGCACUCGUCCCCAUCCUCUUCAGUCUCAGGCUCUCUACAACGCUGAUAGACUUUCAACGUGAUGAGCGUCCUGAGAUCAACUUCGUCUGA